AUGAGAGACACAUCAUCUAUUGAGCCUAUCGCCAUAGUGGGUCAGUCUUUUCGACUGCCCGGUGGAGCCGACGAUGUGGACGGCCUUUGGAGGCUGCUUGAGAGCGGCAAAACGGCAUGGACGAGCGUGCCGGAGGACAGAUACAACGGAGAAGCUUUCUACCACCCCAGUGCUGACGACCCUAACGGCACAAGCAACCACCCGGGUGGCCACUUCAUCUCGGGAGAUGUGCGCGACUUCGACCAUGCCUUCUUCCACUUCUCCAAGUCUCAAGCCGCCGCCAUCGACCCACAGCAGCGGCUGCUAUUGGAAUUGGCCUAUGAGGCGCUCGAAAGCGCCGGCAUGCCGCGUGAGGCAGUAGCAGGGUCGGCCACAUCAGUUUAUACCGCCAUAUUCCCUAUGGACUACGACCGUCACUUAUAUAAGGACACAAUGGACCUUCCCGUUUAUUACAUGACCGGCGUCGAGAAGGCCAUGCUAUCAAAUCGCAUCUCGCACCUGCUAGACCUGCGCGGACCUUCUAUGACGCUUGAUACGGCAUGCUCUGGGGGUCUUGUCGCGCUGCAUCAGGCAUGCCAAAGUCUGCAAAGCGGCGAGUCGGAUACCGCCCUUGUGGCUGCCUCAAACCUCUUGUUAGGGCCGGAUCACUUCAUCGGCCUCAGUAACUUGCAUAUGCUUAGUAGUAGCGGACGGUGCUACCCAUUUGAUGAUCGUGGUGAGGGCUACGGGCGAGGCGAGGGCGUAGCCGUAUUGGUUUUAAAGCGUCUCGAAGAUGCUAUCCGAGAUCGCGACCCAGUGCGCGCCGUGGUCCGGAGCACUGCCAUCGGGCAAGAUGGUUACACGCCACAAAGCAUCACUUACCCCAACGGCCAGGCCCAAGCCGAACUAGCCCGGACGGCAUACCUCCGAGCUGGCUUACGGCCCCAGGAAGUGGCUUACGUCGAAGCCCACGGCACUGGCACCAAAGCUGGCGACCAACAAGAGUUGGAAGGUAUCGCCAGCGUCUUUGCAGAUUCCGCAGUCCGUCAAGUACCUCUCUAUGUCGGCUCUAUCAAGGGCGCCAUUGGCCAUACAGAAAGCACUGCUGGUUUAGCCAGCUUGCUGAAAGCGGCGGUGAUGCUUGAACGUGAGCUAAUACCACCGGUUGCCGGUUUCGAAAAUCCCAAACCUGGCCUACCCCUGGACCAGAUACAGGUACCGACCAAGGUGAUACCUUGGCCUCGUGCGGAAGGCGUCACACCCCGUAUAUCAAUCAACAGCUUUGGAUUUGGUGGUGCCAACGCUCAUGCUAUUCUCGAGCGCGGACCGCGAGCCCCAGUAAGGACGUAUGCUGAUGAUGCCGUGUGCCCCCGCCUCUUUACUCUUUCAGCCAAUAGCCCAGCCUCAUUGAAGGCCAUGAUACAAACCCAGCACGACUGGAUUGAGCAUCGGGAGGAAGUAUCACUAGCAGACCUGUCUUAUACCCUUUUGCACCGCCGCUCAGCCCUGCCUUAUCGUUUCAGUACCGUGGCCAGCGGCCACGCAUCGCUCAUGGACGCAUUCCGCCAAGGCCUCGCCGUACCCAUUAGCAAGCCGGUCCGCACUGAGAUGGACAUCGUUGCUGUGUUCACGGGCCAGGGAGCCCAGUGGCCAGGCAUGGGCCGCGAAUUACUGCUUGAAACCACGCCACCGUCCGUGUUCCGCAGCUCUAUUCGCGUUUCGCGCGAUAUCCUCCACGAGCUGGGCGCUACCUGGGAUCUCGAGACAGAGCUUUUGCGCGACACAACAGAGUCUCGUCUUAACGAGGCUGAGUUGGCACAGCCGGCCACGACAGCUUUGCAGAUUGCCCUGAUCGCACUGGUCCGCGCACAAGGUCUGCGGAUUUCGGCCACCGUGGGCCACUCCAGUGGCGAGAUAGCUGCAGCAUAUGCUGCGGGCUAUCUGUCCCAUGCAGUCGCGCUCAAGAUUUCUUUUCACCGCGGCUUCAUGGCCAUGGCUGUAAAGACCAAAGGCCUCGGCCCCGGUGCUAUGUUAUCCGUGGGGCUCGACGAGCAGGACGCCAUGAAAUAUCUCGAGGGGCUCUCGGCAGGUGAGGCUGUAGUCGCUUGUGUGAACAGUCCCCGAAGCGUGACCAUCUCCGGUGAUGAUGCGGCGAUCCAAGAGGUAGAGAAUCGCAUCACUGCAGCUGAUGACGGCACAUUCCAUCGUAAGCUCCUAGUGGACACGGCAUACCACUCUCACCACAUGCGAGCCGUUGCUGACGAUUACCGUGCACGUCUUGGGACACUGGAAAUAGAGCAUGGUAACCCUGCUCAUGAAAUUGUCUUCAUAUCGUCUGUUACGGGUGAGCCCAAGACGUCUGAUUUUGGUGCGGAAUACUGGAUCGCCAACCUCGUAUCCCCCGUCCGAUUUAGCGACGCCGUGCAAACACUGGGUAAAGCCCGCCAUCAGCGGCAUGCGGUCUUUAUCGAAAUUGGCCCGCAUCCAGCCCUCUCGGGCCCGGUCCGACAGAGCCUCCAGCACCCGGACGUGCCCAAGUUUAGCUUCGACUACCGAGCGACUCUGGAGCGCAAAGUGGGCGCUGUCACCAGCGUAUUGGCGCUGGCUGGGCAGCUGUUCGAGAGUGGUGUCAACAUCAACUGGGAUGCUGUGUCGACGCUUGCACCAGACGCACAAAAGGCAGUGGUGCGUCAUGACCUCCCGGCGUACACGUGGGACCACUCAACCAAGCACUGGCAUGAGUCACGUGUGGCACGAGCCUAUCGCCUACGAAAGGAGCCCUAUCACGACCUACUCGGCUUACCGGUGUCUGAUGGGACGGAUAUGGAGCCUCGUUGGCGCCAUUUCCUUAGUCGGGCAACUCUGCCGUGGCUGCAGGAUCAUGUUGUCGACGGUUUGACUGUGUUCCCGGGUGCAGGUUAUGUCUGCAUGGCAAUUGAGGGAGUCGCGCAACUAGCACGUCAGCGCUUCCCGCAGCGGCUGCUCGAGACGGUGGCAAUUCGCGACAUUUCAUUCAAACGCGGACUCGUCAUACCGGAUUCACAGCGUGUAGAACUCCAGUUGAGUCUGCGACCGCAGACCAGCGCAGAUCUGUGCUUCCGUUUUGCCAUCACAGCACUCUCGGACAGUGGAGAAUGGUAUGAACAUGCCACUGGUGUUGUCGAGGGCAUACUGGCAGAGAGUAACAGUGUUACGUCUGAGACGAUAGCAGAAGAAAUUCCAGUGCUUCCUCCUGGUAGCGACACGACCUCUGCAGAGAAGUUGUACAAAGACAUGGACGCUGUUGGUAACACGUACGGCCCAGGGUUCACUGGUCUCCACUCGAUAUCCAUGGCUGCAGAUGCGUCGCAGGCCUCAUCCGCAUUUGACAUUCUGGACAUUCAGGCAAUGAUGCCAGCUCAGCACCAGCAACCGCAUGUUAUCCACCCAUCUACCCUUGACAUUAUAUUCCACACUGCGCUGCCACUUGCGGGCCGGCGUUUAGGCCCUGGCUCCAUUAUGCCGGUCCACGUCGGCGAGGUGCUGAUCUCGACCACCCCUUCGCUAACCAAGCCCGGGGCUCCGCUCGAUGUUUCGACCCUGCUCACAUCAAGCAGUUUUCGGACUGCUGUAUCAGAUAUCAAAGUCUUGGCGCGUGGCCACCGCGUCCUUUCAAUCUCAGAUAUGGAGUUCAGGAGUCUGGGAGGGCUUGAGAACAAUGGCCAUGACGGCAAUGCUUUGCAUGAGAUUUGCUAUGAGCUGGAUUGGAAAGUCGAUAUCGAACAUAUGCGACCUGAGGAUUUACCGUCAGAUAGCACUCUAGCGCAUGUUCUGGCUCAGACCACCUUGAAACGCCAGCGGUUCACCUCCAUCGGCCUGGGUGCCAGCGUGGACCUUACCGGGGAACUGCUGAACGGCCUUGGUGGCGUUGACAAGGUAGCAGCGCACGAAUUUAUCGACACGACUCCUGGUCGCUUCGAAGACGCCGCCAAGCGCCUCAAGGGUUUCCCAGUGCAAUAUCGUACCCUCCGGCCUGGCACUAACCCCACUGCGCGUGGCUUUGAGGUCGGCGUAUACGACAUCGUGAUAACGGCUUCAUCCAAGUGGCUCAGUCAAGCUGCAAUGUUCGUCAAACCCGGCGGCAUUGUGUUGCUUGUGCUGUCUGCGCGAGACUCAAAGGAUAAUACAUGGCGCGCAGUCAUGACGAAGAUGUCUCCUCCUCUAGAAGAGCAGUUGACUCUACGCGAAGAAGUUCACGGCAAGUUAAUCGUUGUGGCGAAGCCAGUUAGACCUCAGAUUUCCACCAAUGUUCACAUCCUUACCCACACUACGGAUAAUCGACCAGCCUGGGUUUCGGAGCUUGAGAAAGGGCUGGGCGACCGUGCACCGUACGUUUCGCUCAGAGCCCUCAGUCCAGGAGCUCUUGAGGCUCUAGCCAGUAAUGGCGCAACCGGAGAUGACAAUAACGAAACGAUAAUUGUCGUCGAUGAUCAGCCUGACUCGCCUAUUCUGGCUGACCCUCAUGCUUUUAUCGCCGCUAGAACUCUGCUGACGCAGCCCUCUCGGAUCAUAUGGCUCAGCCCUGACAGCCCCCUACCUUUCCACCAGAUUGAAGGCUUCGCACGGACGGCUCACGCAGAAAACGACCAUUUGCGACUCACCACUAUCCAUGCAGCCCCGGGCAUGCUUACAGCUGCCAACAAUCACGACAGAUUGCUUGAUCUAGUAACUGCUGCUGCUGGUCAGGUUGGGAACCCCAAUAUACAGCACACAGAGCGCGAGUACCGCAUUGGCGAGAACGGCACCGUGAUGGUCCCACGCUUGCUUCGUAAUGACAGACUCAACAAGGCCAUCGCUGAGAACAGCGAGUAUGGUCGUGAGACUAAAAGCCGCCGAUUCAUAGAUACUGAAAAGCCCCUCGUGCUGUCCGGUCAAGGUCUAGGACUGUUCGUCGACGAUGAAAAACACUAUGGAGCACAUCUCGGAAACGAAGAGGUCGAAGUGGAAGCACGGGCGAUUGGGUUGUCCAAGGCUGGUUCGGCUGCUCCAUUGGGAGAAUAUACAGGUGUCGUCACAAGUGUUGGUGCCGACGUCAAAUCCUUGGCACCAGGUGACCGUGUUGCCGCCCUGGCUCCCGUCGUAGGGGCCAACAGAGUGCGUAUUCCGCACAACCACGCUGGUCGACUGCCGCCCAAUGUACCGUCCGACAUUGCAUCCACACUGAUGCUGGAUCUCAUGGCUGCCACACAUGCCCUUCGCGGUGUUGGCCGUCUGCUCUCCAGUGGGGGCACGGUCCUGGUGCAUGGAGUCCGCACCAGCGCUGGGCGGGCGGCCGUUGCCGUUGCCCGUUCCAUCGGAGCUCGCGUCACUGCCACGGCCUCUGAUGCAACCGAGGCUGGCUUGCUCAGGGAACAGCUAGGGAUUGAUGCGGCCGAUGUGCUCGUGGCGCGUCGUUCGCUUCACCGACGCUUGCCUCGUGAUGUUUUCGCCGAGGGGCUGGACGUAGUUUUUCAGACGGGCGAAAGCUCUCCCCCUGCCGAGGUACUGCCUCUCGUCAAGCCGUUCGGCAGUGUUGUCGCGGUAGGGUCCUCGUCGCGGGCCGCUUUGGCACUCAAGCUUCCGCCCAAUGUCUCCUUCCACCAGCUUGACGUGUCGGGGCUCAUGCAAUCCCGUCCUGACCUGAUCGGUACCCUCUUUAAUGAAUCGAUGAAGGCGUUCCAUCAUAUACCAUUGUCUGGCUUGGAGGUUCCCAUUCGCGAUGUGUCAGAGGUCGCGGAGGCGCUUCGACUGGUCAACACUGGCGUUCAACCAAAGGUUGUAUUGAAGGCAGACCCCGAGUCCACCGUGCAGAUCAUUCCCGCUACCAAAACCGAUCCUUGGUCUAACGAACGUGCUACGUAUGUCGUUGCAGGUGGCCAUGGUGAUCUUGGUCGGCGGUUGCUCUUCCAGUUGGCGCGCUGCGGUGUCAUGCAUUUGGCUACGAUUUCGCGCCGCACUUUCAACCAAGAAACACACGAUACACUGCAAGCGCAACUCCAGAUUGUCCGUCCUGGAAUCUGUCUAUACACACUCCAAGGUGAUAUAUCAUCUGAAUCCAGCCUGCAGGCAGUGGCUGCCUCGCUUUUCCACCAGGGUGCACCACCUGUCCACGGUGUCAUUCAAAGUGCCAUGGUCAUGAUUGACCGACCGCUAGAGUUAACGACGCACGAAGAUUUCCUGAAUGUGACCAAGGUCAAGGUGGACGGAACGCUCGCUCUCCACCGUGUCUUUGCAUCUCGCGACUUGAGGUUCUUCCUUUCGUUGUCCUCGGUCGCUAGCAUCGUCGGCGCGCAAGCCGAGGCUAGUUACAGCGCAGGAAACACAGUGCAGGACGCCUUGGCCCACCAGAGGCUGCCAGAGUCCAAUGAAACCCGUUUUCUAACAAUCAAUAUUGGCUGGAGUGAGGGCGCUGUCCUGACGCAGGCAGACGAGACGCGUCAGGGUGCCUUGCGCCGGGCGGGAUUUAGCCUCAUUCCUGUGGAGGAGCUCAUGCGCUUCUUUGACUAUAUCCUCGGCACCGCGAUGAGUUCUGAUGCCAGCCCCUCCCAGGCCAUCAUAGGCUUCGAUGCCGAGUCCCUUGAUGGCGCAACCGCUCAUAAUGGCACGAUCCAAUCAGCCCUUUUCAGCCAGGUACGCGAUGUGGGCCGAGCUAGUGAGGUCAACGCUGCCGAGGAAGGGGCUGGGGCCACAGCGGGUAGUGGGAAGACCUACGAGCAGGUCAUUGCCGAAGGGGAUACAGAGGCGGUGUCAGACUUCAUCUCAUACGCCGUGACUCGGCAGCUGGCGCGAUUGAUAUCCGUAGAAGUAGGUAGUAUCGAUGCGCGCCAGGGCUCCAUCUUAGCCUUAGGUUUAGAUUCGCUGGUCGCGGUGGAGCUGCGCAACUGGGUCACCCGUCAGUUCGAUGCGCCUCUUCAGUCUUCAGAGAUCUUGGCCAAUCAGACGGUGCAUAGUUUGGCUGAGAAAAUUGCCACACGAUCCAAGAAGGCAGUAGGCGUCAGUGCUUGA